CGCCUCGUGCCAGGUCACCCUUCCAUGCGCUGUCUGAUCGCUGCGCCUGCUUCAUUCUAGGCAGUCCCACAUAUACAUACGCUGUGCGAUACAUGGCUGCUCAAUAAGCAUCUCAUCUUGCAUUAACAAGGAGUCUUUCUAUUCACUCUAUCAUUCGCCAAUACCCACACCAACAUACAUAUCAUGUCGCGAAACGUACAUUGGCGACAACACCAGUCGAGUAAUAGCACGCACUCUGGCCGGAGUGCCGACAGCGAUCACUCGUACGAGACGGCACCAACCGAGUACAGCGACAGAAGACCAUCUCUGGCGCAUAGCGAGACGUGCUACGCACGUGUAGAAGGCCGACAGGACUAUUUUGCGAGCAGAGAUGGUCGCAACAAGUACGCGCAGCCAGCGCGUAGUUCGGUUGACACAUACGCCUCUACUUCGGAUGAAGAUCUCGACGACGACGCAGAUAAUGUGCCAGAGUAUGACGUGCCCCAAUACCACCACGACCCGCUGCCAACCGAUGCCAUUCCUACUACGCCCCGCGACUUCGCUGAGCUAUUUCCGACCUCCAAGCGCAUAUCCAUACGACAUGACGAUGCGACAAUAGACGGGAAUAUGAACCUGAGGGUUGACACGCAAAUUGAGGAACGACACCACAAAAAGCAAAACUACACCCUGUAUCACUUGCGCAUGCAAGACUUGCGAACCCGUGAUUUUUCCCUGCGACGAUACUGUCGGGAAUCUGGACGAGAGGUCUGUCACUCAAUACGGAAAUACCAAAGUCCGCCUCAGGAAAAGCGGCCGGUAUUGCAACGCGCAAGCACAGCCCUGGCUAAUCUAGUUCACAAGUCCGAGUUCCGUCCUUCAAGCGCAGCUGGACUCAAGCGCUCAGACUCUGGGUAUGAGUCUGUGCAAGGUCGCGUAGAGGAUGACGAGGAUGAGAAAGAAGACCCACGCCCUAAGAGCGCAGGCUAUUUCAAGGGCCGUGCACUGCUCCCUACAAACACGCUCAAGCUAGAGUUCUCUAACUACGCACAUAUGGAAGUAAAGAGGAGAGGUGCCAAGUCCCACAAAAAGUACACCUUCGAGUAUUGGGGCAGCGACUACUCGUGGAAACGCAUAGUCAAGAAAGAGCGUGACCAGGAGACAGUGUCGUACUAUCUUGUCCGUGACGACAACGAAAAAGAGCCACUGGCUCAUAUCUGUCCUGUUCGAUUGACCCAGGCUGAGGCCCGUGAGGAGGCAGCACGUGGAGGAUGGGUCCCUCCAAGCUAUUUGCGUAUCACCGAUGACCAGAUCUUACGUUCUGAAUCGGACAUUGCAGAUGUUGUUGUUGCUACAGGCCUCAUGGCCCUUGUGGAUGACUGUAUCAAACGCCGUUUCUCUGCCAAGCAGGCCGCUCAGUUACACAUUCCGUUGAUCCGGAGCGCUUCGCUGAAGAUGAACAUGGAGUACAUUGGUCCCAAACGGCUCAUCGAUGAGAUGUUCAGCCGAAAUACCCGCGGCGGGAGUCCAAGCAAACAACCGUCAGCGUUACGCCGUACUUCUGUUCAAGCUUAGCACUUCCCCGCUGGGAAUAAUGUUUGUAUGUUGGGGCUUGCCCCGCUGGCGGGAGACCCGCUCGUUCGGUAAACUGC